AUGAGUUAUCCUAAUCAAAUCAACCGCAACAGUAUCGAUAACUCAUUGAACAGCGACACUAGAACAAUUACAAAUCAGAUUGAACAAUACCCUUCACUUUCGCAAACUCGCUCUCGCGGAGACUAUGGAGAAAUUAACGGUAAUGCUGUCGAUAUCAACAAUGCAAUUGAAGAAUACAAGUCUGUUGAACGUGAAUUGACUCGUCAAUCACUUGCAGCUUCUGCUAAAAAUAAAGAUGCUGAAAAGGCAGAAGCAUUUGAUUUAACUGAAUACCUUUCAGAUCAACAUUCUCAACUGACAGCUGCAGGCCUAAAGCCUAAAAAUAUGGGUGUCAUUUGGAAAAGCCUCUCCGUCUAUGGUCUUGGUGCUGAAGCUCGUUCCAUCUCUACCAACCUGUCUGUGAUUCUCGAUACAUUGCAAUUCUGGAAUUGGGGUCGCAAGAGGGGCACUGAUUUUACCAUCUUGAACAGCGUUGAUGGUUUUGUUAAAUCUGGAGAAAUGCUUUUGGUCCUUGGUCGUCCUGGUGCUGGCUGUUCUACUCUUCUUCGUGUACUUGCUAAUAUGCGUGCUGGCUAUACUGAUGUUGAUGGUGAAGUUACUUAUGGUAGUAUUGAUGCUAGGGAAUUCAGCAAAUACUUCAAGGGUGAAGUUUGCUACAAUGAAGAAGAAGAUAUACACUAUCCUACUUUGACCACAGAACAAACACUUCGCUUCGCUUUAAAAAACAAGACACCUAGCACACGUCUUCCUGGGGAAACAAAAAAUGACUUUGUUAAUGAAAUUCUAUACAUGCUUGGUAACAUGCUUGGUUUGACGAAGCAAAUGCACACUAAAGUCGGUAAUGCAUUUGUUCGUGGUCUUUCUGGUGGUGAGCGCAAGCGUCUUUCAAUUGCUGAACAGAUGACAACGCAUAGUUCUAUUAACUGUUGGGAUUGUUCUACUCGUGGUCUUGAUGCUUCUUCCGCACUUGAUUAUGUUCGUUCCCUUCGUAUUAUGACAGACAUUCAACACAAGACAACUAUUUCUACUUUAUACCAAGCUUCUGACAGUAUUUUUGAAUUAUUUGAUAAGAUCAUGGUUCUUGACGAAGGUCGUUGUAUUUACUUCGGUCCUACAUCUCAAGCCAAGCAAUAUUUUAUUGAUAUGGGUUUCCAUUGUCCUUCUCGUAAAUCUACGCCUGACUUUUUGACUGGUCUCUGUAACUUGAACGAACGAGAAGUUCAAGAAGGUUUUGAGGGUAAAAUUCCCUUAAAUUCUGUUCAAUUCGAAAAGGCAUACAAGGAAUCUAACAUGUACAAGCAAAUGAUGAAUGAACGUCAAGCAUAUGAAAGCGAGAUCUGUCAAGACAAACCAUUUGAAACUUUCAAGGAAGCUUUUGCACAAGCACACAGUUCUUCUUCUCUCUAUACUUAUUACCAACAAGUCAAGUCACUCACUGUUCGUCAAUACCAACUUAUUCAAGGUGACAAGAUGGCUUUGUUUGUUCGUUUUGCUGAUGUGAUCAUCAAGGGUCUUAUUACUGCUUCUGUCUUUUACAUGAUGCCUUUAGAUGGUGCUGGUGCCUUUUCUCGUGGUGGUGCUAUUCUCUUCAUUGUCUUGAUUAAUGCUUUUAUCUCACAAGGUGAAUUGCCCGUCUUUAUGGAAGGUCGAGGUAUCCUACAAAAACACAAAGGUUUUGCGAUGUAUCACCCUUCUGCAUUCUAUAUCGCUCAAGUCCUCAUUGAUAUUCCCUUGGUCAUCUUGCAAAGUGUUGUCUUUCUUGUUUCUGUCUACUUUAUGAUGGGUCUUGCACCUGAUGCAGGAAAGUUCUUUACCAUGUUAAUUAACUUGAUUUUCCUCAACUUAUGUACAAAUGGUUUCUUCCGUUUCUGGGGCGCCAUCAGUCCUAACUUUUAUAUUGCAUCUCAAAUAUCCAGUAUUCUCUUUAUUGCCCUUGUUAUCUACACCGGUUAUCAAAUUCCUUAUCCUCGUAUGCAUCCUUGGCUCAUGUGGAUUUAUUGGAUUGAUCCUUUGGCCUAUAGUUUCAAGGCUAUGAUUUCUUCAGAAAUGGCUGGUUCUGUCUAUUCUUGUGAAGGUACAAACUCAAUUCCUUAUGGCGCCUCUUACACUGAUCAAACUUAUCGUACCUGUAUCCUUCCUGGUGGUGAACCUGGCGACAGUUAUAUUCUUGGCGACACUUACUUGAAAUAUGUGUAUGACUAUGACACUUGGCAAAAAUGGAUCAACUUUGUUGCUGUUGUCUUGUUUUUCUUGCUUUUCACUGCACUUACUGCUCUUUCUAUGGAAUACAUUGAAUACAACCAAGGCGGUAGUAUCACCAAAGUAUACAAGAAGGGCUUUUCUCCUGAAGCUGAAUCUGAAGAAGAUCAAUUGAAGCAAGCAACAAGAGCUGAAGAGCAAGAAUUAGACAAUGUCACUGACGGUACUACUUUCUCAUGGCACCACAUCAACUACACUGUACCUGUUAAAGGUGGUACUCGUCAAUUACUAAAUGAUGUGAGCGGUAUUGUCAAGCCUGGCCAUUUAACUGCCCUAAUGGGUUCUUCUGGUGCUGGUAAAACUACACUCUUGGAUGUCUUAGCACAAAGAAAGACCAUUGGUAAAAUUGAUGGUGCUAUCUACAUGAACGGUGAAAACUUGGCAAACGACUUUGAACGCCUUACUGGUUAUUGUGAACAAAUGGAUGUCCAUAACCCUAAUGCUACUGUUCGUGAAGCCCUUCAGUUCUCUGCUUAUCUUCGUCAAUCUGCUGAUGUGCCCAAGGAAGAAAAAGAUGCGUAUGUUGAACAAAUCCUUGAUCUUUUGGAAAUGAAAAAGAUUGGCGAUGCUCUUAUUGGUGAUCUCUCAGCAGGUGCUGGUAUUUCUGUAGAAGAACGCAAGCGUCUCACGAUUGCUGUUGAACUUGUAGGUAAGCCUAAGCUUCUUUUCUUGGACGAACCUACUUCUGGCCUUGAUGCACAAAGUUCUUUCAACAUUGUCCGUUUCAUUCGUAAGCUUGCUGAUGCUGGUUGGCCUGUGCUCUGUACUAUUCACCAACCUUCCGCCACAUUGUUUGAACACUUUGAUCAUUUGAUUUUACUCAUGAGAGGUGGUCAAACUGCUUAUUUUGGUGAAAUUGGUAAAGACUCCCGUACUAUGAUCGAUUACUUUGAAUCCAACGAUGGUCCUAAAUGUUCCCCUGAAGCAAACCCUGCUGAAUACAUUUUAGAAUGUGUUGGUGCUGGUACUGCAAGCAAGACUACACAAGACUGGGCUGAGAUUUGGAGAAAUUCACCUCAAGCUAAGGCUCUUGAAGAAGAACUCGAUCAAAUUCACACUGGUUUAGAUCAUACUGUCAAGCGUCCUGUGAAGACCUAUGCUCAACCCUUCUGGAACCAAUUGAUGCUCAUUUACAAGCGUAUGAAUACCUCAUGGUGGCGCGCACCUUCUUACAACGUUGGUCGUUUGUUUAAUGUCAGUUUUAUUGGUCUUAUUGCUGGUUUUACUUUCUGGAAAGUUGGUAACACUUCAUUUGACAUGCAAAACCGUAUGUUUGGUAUCUUGGUCACUAUGUUUACCGGUAACUCAUACAUUAUCUUGAUUCAACCUCGUUACAUGGAAGAAAGAUUAUGGUUCCGUCGUGAAUAUGCCAGUAAAUACUAUAGUUGGCUUCCAUUUGCUCUAUCGUGUAUUCUAGUUGAAAUUCCGUACAUCAUUGCUUCUGCCGGCUUUUUCUUGGUUAUUUACUAUUGGACUGUUGGCUUACAAAACGUUUCUGAUCGUGCUGGUUUCUUCUUCCUUCAGUUUGUAGCUUACUUGUGUCACUCUGUUUCUUUUGGUUAUGCCAUUGCUGCUGCUUGUGAAUCUUCUGCUUUACCUGGUAUUGUGAACCCACUUUUCCUUACCAUCUUGUAUAACUUCACUGGUCUUUUCCAACCUCCUGCUUCUAUGCCUCGUUUCUGGAGCUCAUGGAUGUACUGGGCUGACCCUUACCAUUACUUUAUCGAAGGUCUUGUUACCAACGCACUUGAUGGUGUCAAAGUAGAAUGUGGUGACGCCGAUGUGAUUAAAAUUAGACCUCCUCCUGGCCAAACUUGUAGUCAAUACAUGUCUAACUUCUUUGCUGAUGGUGGUCUUGGCUAUAUUACUAAUCCAGACAGCAUUGAACUUUGUAAUUACUGUCAAUAUUCUAUUGGUAAUGACUAUUAUGAAACUAGAAUUGGAUGGUCUUUUGCAAACAGAUGGCGCAACUUUGGUAUUCUUUGGAUCUUUACUGCAUUCAAUAUUGCAGUCUUUGUCGUGUUUGCCUAUCUUUUGAGAAAGCAAAAACGAUAA